UUGUUGCGUACAGAGGGGGCGCUGUACCCUCUAAGCGCAGAGGAUUGUGGGAUAGCAAGAGGCAAUAGCGGAGCAUCAUCAUCAUUGCUGCCGUACAGCGGGACUCGUCUCACCGGACUUUAACCUGAGCUGGGAGCCGUUUCUCCGCAUUUAAGUGCCUUAACAGCGGAGGGAGAGAUGGGACACGGAGACCUAAUGAGCCGGGCGGAGGAUGUAGCUGACCAGUUCCUGCGGGUCACCAAACACUACCUCCCCCACAUGGCCCGGCUCUGUCUGGUCAGCACCUUCCUGGAGGACGGCUUCAGGAUGUGGUUCCAGUGGGGGGAGCAGAGCGAGUACAUCGAAUCCACCUGGAACUGUGGACACUUCCUCGCCAACAUCUUCGUCCUGCUCAACUUGCUGGGGCAGCUGGGUGGCUGUGUGUUAAUCCUUAGUAGAAACUUUGUUCAGUAUGCCUGCUUCACUCUGUUUGGGAUCAUUGGCCUCCAGACGCUGGCCUACAGCAUCCUGUGGGACCCAAAGUUUCUCAUGAGGAACCUGGCACUUGGGGGAGGCCUUCUCCUCCUCCUGGCGGAGUGCCGGGGGGAAGCUCGCAGUGUGUUUGCGGGAGUUCCUUCUCUUGGUCAUCAGAGCUCUCCGAAACACCUGCUGCAGCUGGGAGGAAGGGUCCUCCUUGUCCUCAUGUUCAUGACGCUGCUGCACUUUGACCUCAGCCUAUUCAGUAUCCUGCAGAACCUGGUGGGUACGGCACUCAUUGUGCUGGUGGCGGUGGGCUUUAAGACCAAGCUGGCCGCUCUGACUCUGGUGGUCUGGCUGCUCUGCAUCAACUUUACCUUCAACGCCUUCUGGAGCAUCCCGUCGUACAAACCCAUGCACGACUUCCUUAAGUACGACUUCUUCCAGACCACGUCGGUGAUCGGAGGCCUGCUGCUGGUGGUGGCCCUGGGGCCCGGGGGGGUCUCAAUGGAUGAGAAGAAGAAAGAAUGGUGAGGAGGGGGGAGCAGGAGGGGGAGGGGGAGGGGGGAACUGAAAAAAAAGAUAAGAUACUUUUAUUUUGAAACAUGGCCAGAAUUCUUACUGUAAAAACUAAAGUGUUAAAAUGUUCCCAUACAGCCGAUAAGAAAA